AUGGAGAUGAUAAUGAUGAUGAUGAUGAUGAUGAUGAUGAUGUUUGGUGAUGAUGAUGAUCAUUAUGAUGAUAACAAUGAUGGUGACGAUGGCGAUAAUGAUGGUUAUGGUAAUGAUUUGAUGGUUAUAAGUAGUGAUUAUGAUCAAGUAUAUGUUUCUUAUGUUGAUGAAAAUUUGCGACGGGAUGAUAAUGAUAAUACAAAGGAAGGCAAUGAUGAUGAUAGCAGUCAGAAGGAAGGAAAUGAACAUAUAAUGGAUGCAAAAGCAACUGGUAUGUAUCCAUCGUCUACUCCUUUAUCAUCCAUCCAUCUGGUUGUCUAUAGGCGGUAUGGUUGUGAUAAUAGUGAUGGUGAUGAUGCUGGUAGUGCUAUCGAUGGUGAUAAAUGCGGCGCCAAUUGUCAGCAGUUAAUGUUAAUGUUUCAAAAUUAUCAAAUGAUGAUGAUAUAA